CCUCAAAUGUUCCCAUCUUUUUGAACUACCGAGCAUUUUUUCGUGUAUUCGCUUUGCUCCCUCGGCCUCGACACGACGACAAGACGUGACUUUUCAACAACCUUCUUUUCCGUAUCUGUACUUCGUGGAAGUCGGACGUAAACGUUGACAAGAUGUCGCAUCGUAAAUUCUCCGCCCCUCGCCAUGGUUCGAUGGCUUUUGCCCCGAGGAAGCGUGCUUCCCGCCACCAGGGCAGAAUAAAGGCAUUCCCCAAGGAUGACCCCUCCAAGCCGGUCCAUCUGACCGCUUUCCUGGCCUACAAGGCUGGUAUGACCCACAUCGUGCGUGAAGCCGACCGUCCGGGAUCAAAGAUCAACAAGAAGGAAGUCGUGGAAGCCGUUACCAUCUUGGAAACGCCUCCAAUUGUGGUCGUUGGAGCUGUCGGCUACAUCGAGACCCCAUUCGGACCGCGUGCCCUGUGCAACGUCUGGGCUCAGCAUCUGUCGGAAGAAUGCCGUCGUCGUUUCUACAAGAACUGGCACGCGAGCAAGAAGAAGGCUUUCACCAAGGCCUCCAAGAAGUGGACCGAUGAUCUGGGCAAGAAGUCCAUCGAGGACAACUUCAAGAAAAUGAUCCGCUACUGCAAGUUCAUCCGUGUCAUUGCUCACUCUCAGAUUCGUCUGAUCAAGCAAGGCCAGAAGAAGGCCCACAUCAUUGAGAUCCAGCUGAACGGUGGAACCAUCGAAGAUAAGGUCAACUGGGUCAAGGAGCAUCUGGAAAAGCCAGUCCCGGUUGCCGAUGUGUUCCGUCAGGACGAAAUGAUCGAUUGCGUUGCUGUGACCAAGGGUAAGGGAUUCAAGGGUGUCACCAGCCGUUGGCACACCAAGAAGUUGCCCCGCAAGACGCACAAGGGUCUGCGCAAGGUUGCCUGUAUUGGAGCGUGGCAUCCGUCCCGUGUGGCGUUCACCGUCGCCCGUGCCGGUCAGAAGGGUUACCACCACCGUACGGAAAUCAACAAGAAGAUCUACCGCAUUGGUGCCGGAAUCCACACCAAGGAUGGCAAGGUCGUCAAGAACAGCGCCGCCACCGAGUACGAUCUGACGGACAAGUCGAUCACCCCGAUGGGAGGUUUCCCCUUCUACGGUGAGAUCAACCAGGACUUCCUGAUGAUCAAGGGCUGUUGCAUCGGUGCCAAGCGCCGUAUCAUCACCCUGCGCAAGUCGCUGCUGGUGCACACCAAGCGCGCCUCGCUGGAACAGAUCAACCUCAAGUUCAUCGACACCUCGUCGAAGAUGGGACACGGUCGGUUCCAGACGCCGGCUGACAAGCGCGCCUACUACGGUGUACUCAAGAAGGACCGCAUCCGCGAGGAGAAGGCCCAGGCUGCCGCUGCUGCUGCCGCCGCCAAAUCGUCGGCUUAAGGUUUUUUCGUGUUAAUUCGCUUAGAUGUAUCAUGGUACUGAAAUAAUACAUCCCCUUAAUAUAAUGA